UACUAUUUCACAUUGCAGAAUGUAAUUAUUUUGUGAAAAUGACUACAUUGGCUGAAUAAAAGACUGGAAACUGACAUUACUUGUGCUGGUGACCCUGAAUCUGUAGUCUCCAGGACUGUUCAAGAAAGGAACAGAGUUAUAAAAUGUAACCUUUUCUGUAUCUUUGCACUAGAAGUAGUGAUUCCUCUUCUUAAAUUGGUGUUCUCGACUGCCGGUAACAUUUGGUACAGAGGUGGUUAAAAUUCUUUUCUGGAAAAAGCCAACUCAGAGAUUUUAACGUUAAAGAAGAAGUUUCAAAAUGGAAACACUCUGUCUGUCUGGAGGAAGGGAAAGUCAGAGGUUUAUUGUACAAGGUUGGAGAUUGUUCAAGGUAGGAGAGAAAGGCAGGCCAGCUUAGUAAUGAGGAGAUGACUCUGGGCUGACAAAGAAAAUGCAGUCGAAAUGCCCUGACCUUGACUAGGGGAAAGCUGCAUGCAGAGGACGAAAAAGACAUCAACUCAUCUUUCAACUUCAGUGCAGUAUCAUUUAUUUCAGAAACAGAUUGGGAAGAAAACUAGCUAUUUGAUGAACAAUGGAGCCGAUGGAAUUCAGUAUCGCCCUUCCGCGCUUCACGGAUUUCACCAGCGUGGGCUCGGAGUGGUUCUCCAUGAAGCAGCGCCUUACCUCCCACCAGAACCACAGCAGCCACCACCACCACCACCCCCACGCCCAGAACCAGGGGCUGGUAGAGGCCUUCCUCAUCAACAUCGCCGCCGAGCAGGUUCAGCUCGUCUUCAACUCGUUCGGCCUGUCCUACGAGGAAGCCGUCAAGUUUAGCGGGGUGCUCCAGAGACUCGAGGACUUGUGUCUCCCCAGAUUUCUCAUUAUUUACAACCGAUACAAGUUCUUCACCUGCAAGCAGGACACUCAGACUAAGUUUGACGGCUUCCUCAGUGAACUGCUGCAGUGGUCGGAGAACUGUGAGUUCGGUGAUCUCAAAGAUAUUUUGCUGAAAGACUGCAUUAUCAGUGGGAUUUGUGAUGAUUCACUGCGGCAGAAUCUGCUGAGGACAGAGGAACUUGAUUACGCCAAAACGUUGUCAAUAUGUAAAGCAGCUGAAGGUCGGAAGAAGCAAACGAGCGUUUCUGUGGCCACCAGUACUGCUAGUUCUUUGUAUUGUGAUGCAAGCACAGACACUUCAGACCUGGCGGAGCAUGAACAAAAAUCUUGGACUUGCCGUGACAAAGUUUUUACCGAUGCAAGUACCAGCACUUUGGAAGAUUUUCCUUGUGAUCUCUUAGAGCCGGACGUAGAAGACCAAUCUCACAUCGGGAACGAUGGUUGUGCAAUGGAACAUGAAAGCGCCAUCCCCUCUUUGAAAAUAAAACUGAGCCUUGUUGAGUCAUCAGAAGGGAAUGCCAAGAGAUUUAAAAGAACUAAGAGACAAAAUGUGGAUAUUGAUAAUGAAAACCUCUCCAGCACUGACUCCUCAGAAAAGAAAAAAGAAGUCAAGAAGCAAUUUGAUAGUGCAGAAGAAAGUGAAAAGUCCACCCAGAAUACUGAACAGACUGCAGGCAAUGCUCUUCUUGCAUGUGAGAGGUCUGAGCUGGAAAGUCCAACGGUGUCUCUCAGAAGGUCAGCUAGGCACAAGAACAGAGAAGCUGGGCUCACCUACGGCCGGAAGGGAAAACAAAAUUUGAGUAAAAGUAAAAGAAACAAGGUUGCCAGUGUCGUUUGUGCUGACAAAGAAGCAGCAGCAGAAACGGAAGAAUUUCAGAAAGAAAAUGGCACUGUCUCUGUCAAUUGUGAUGAUGAAAACAAUGCACAACAAAAGAACAAUUUGAAGAAAAGGAACAAAUCUUCUAGUGUUGCCUGUGACGACCCUCAUGUACAGGCUGUGGUCAAUGGCAUUGAGAAGAAAGAAACAAAGAGCAAGUUGUCGUGCCACUCAUGUCAGGAGUUUUUCGAUGAGUUGAAGUCUCUGAAGUCACACAGUAAACUAUCUCAUGGAUUAAAAUGUUUCCUCUGCAGGAUUUGCAAGUUGACUUUCAGUGAGAUGAGUAGCUUUUCCAAGCACAGACAAGGGCAUAAAGGGGAGAAGAGAUUUGUGUGCCAGACUUGUGGGGCCGGUUUUGCUAGUGGGGACCACCUCAAGAACCAUAGCCGCCUUCACACGGGGGAGAAACCGUUCUCCUGCGACACAUGCGGGGCCAGCUUCACAGAGAAGUCCAAACUGAGGGCUCAUCAGAGGAAGCACACGGGGGAAAAACCCUACAGCUGCCAGGUGUGCUCCAAGACUUUCCGCUGGACGGCAGCCUACACCAGACACAUGAGAACUCACACAGGGGAAAAGCCGUACACUUGUGAGUUUUGUGGCGGGUCUUUUGCCGAUUUCACCUCACUGCAGCGACACAAGAGGGUUCACACGAAAGAGAAGCCGUACGCCUGUCAGACGUGUGACGCAAAGUUUGGAGAUCAGUCUGCGUUGAGACUUCAUUUGCGGGUGCACACCGGUGAGCGUCCAUUUGCGUGUGUCAUGUGUGGGUCAGCUUUUAGUCGGUUACAUCAUUUAAAAGAGCAUACCAAAAUUCACACUGGGGAAAAGCCGUUUGCGUGCGAGGUAUGUGAUGCCAAGUUUUCAGAAGCCUCCAAACUGAAAUGCCAUCUUCGUAAGCACACCGGGGAAAAGCCGUAUUACUGCAACCUGUGUGGGGCAAGUUUUGCGUGGACCGCGGCGUACACGAGACACAUGAGAACCCACACCCAAGAGAAACCGUACUACUGUGACUUCUGUGGCUCGAACUUUGCCGAUCACUCCACGUUGACCAGACACAGGCGGACUCACACGAAGGAACGACCAUAUGCCUGCAACACCUGCAAUACCACUUUUGCCGAUAACUCUUCUCUUCAUCGCCACCUGAAAAUCCACACUGGUGAGAAAUCUUACACGUGCGAAGUGUGUGGCUCAUCUUUUGCCGUAAAGUCGUACCUGGACCGUCACAUGAGGACACACACUGGUGUCAAACCUCACGUCUGCAACAUAUGUUUCUCAAGAUUCAGUGACUCAUCCAAACUGAAGCGCCACCAGAAAAUCCACGCAAAGUCAGACAGACAGCAGAGAGGAGCAGAUCAGUUCCCAAGUGCAUAUCAGUCUUUAGCAGCAGUCUCACAAGCUCCAACUCAACCACCGCUGCAACCACUGCACCAAUUACAAACACAGCAGCAACAGCAGCACCCAUCUCCUGAACCCCCCUCACCACCCAAACUUGACCUGAAACCCCUGCAUUCGCCAGACCAUGAGUUCUUCCACCACCCCCACCAGCCGCAGCAUCAGGAGUCUCACCACAUCCAACAUCCCUUGCCGGAGCUGUCCAGCAGUUGUAUGGACCCGGACAAGUCAACAUCCGUCCACAGCCUGCCGCUGGGUACUCACAAUCCACAGUUGACCCCACACAACAUCCAGAUCAACCACAGCUCCCAUAUGACCCCACAAGACCCCCAGAUAACAACACAUGAUUCUCAAAUGACUUCACAUGAAACCCACAUGAUGCUUCACCCACCGAUGACCCCCCACGACCCCCAAAUAACACGACAUGACUCCCAUAUAAAUCCGCACGACCCCCAAAUAACACGACAUGACACCCAUAUGAACCCCCACGACUCCCAACUAACGCGACAUGAUACCCGUAUGAACCCACACGACCCCCAAAUAACACGACAUGACACUCAUAUGAACCCCCAUGACCCCCAAAUGACCCCACAUGACCAUCAGAUGAUGCCCGUAGUACCAGAACUACAACCUCUCUUGGUCACCCCAUCCCUUGUGCCUAUCUCUGCCGUCAUGUCUUUCUCUCAGAAUCUUUAUGUGAACAACCACCUUGACACAGUCCUCCGACUGUUCUGGCAGCCCAGCAUGUCUAACAAUAAUCUGUUGCAACGCAUCACUGGACUCAACGCUCGGCUCCACCACAUACUGAAUCAUCUCCCCUUCCUGCACUACAGCGUGGUCAGAGCCCAAUUUCUCCCCGCUGACCAGUUGGAUGAUUUCCUUCUCUACCUCUUCCUUCACGCCUUGAAUGUGUAUCUCCACGUGUUCAAGCUCCGACUAAACAUGACGACAAAGCGUGGUGAGAAGGCCUACCACUCUUGUAAGCGUAUGGAAAGUUUAGAUACAACAACUAAAGACUGGAAGACAUUCAAGGAAUUAAUGCUAAAGAAUCCAGCAGGAGAUGCGAGCAUCAAGUCUGUGUUUCUCAUGGUCGUGCACAAUGAAAUAUUCAACAACAGUUCGGAGAAACACCUUCAAUUUGGAAGGUUAGAAAUGCAGGAACUCGACAGUUUUCUCUCUGAGUUUGAAGAUGCUUGUCUGCCGAGGGUCUUUGUAAAGUUUAAGAAUUUCCAAGUUUAUUUAGAGAAUUAUCCUGAAGAAACGGAGGAGGUCUCGGAACAUCAGCUGAAAACACAAGUCUUGGGUUUUAGCUGCCCAGCAGCAACGGACAGAGGUGGAUUGGAUGACAUAAAUGAUGUGUAUAGUAACACAGGGGAUACUCAGGGUGCAGUGACUUUGUGUAAUGAACAUUUUCACACUAAAAUAGUUACAGCUAGUGGUGUCAGUGGCACAAAUGGUGAACAUAAGAAGGCUGAUUCGUUUGACAACACAAUGGCCACCUCCAGUAAAAAUUGUUCUCAAAGUUCCUUUUGCACUCUAAGCAGCACUGUUGGAGAGUCCGACGCUGAACAGUUACAUGUAGGCACUGCUAACUUUCAUGAUUCUGGAAGCAAUGCUGUCACUGUCAAUGACUGGAGCUGUGAGCCAGGCCGUGUGUCAAACCGAGAUUGUGUAAGGAAAGGUCAGAAAGAUUACUUGGCUGGCAGAAAUUGUUCUGCCUCAACUGAAAUGGAAAAUAGCUUGUGCAAAGAAAAAAAUGAAAAUGGACUUGAAUUUUCUUCUCGAACUGCGGUUACUAAGAGGAGCAAGAAUGAUUCUGAUGAUGAAGGGCAUGAUGAGAAAUGUAAAGACGAUUCUCUGUCAAAGUCGAAGAUGAAUGCUGAUACUGAAGCUUCUCUUCUGCAGUGUUCUAAUUCUAGUACCGAUAUGCCCUUGGAAUGUCCAAGCAACCUGACCAGACUCCCCAAACUACACGGCAAGAAGCAGCUAAGUCCUGACAAAGCAAAAUGUGGGAUUUGCAAGGCUUCUUUCCCAAGUUUCUCGAAACUUCAAUGUCACUUGAAAACCCACGCACGAAAGAGUGUACACAAGUGCAGCAUUUGUGAGAAGACAUUUUCCCAGAAGGGCCGGUACAGCGCACACAUGAAGACUCACUAUCUUUCUAAGAGUUUUGUCUGUGAUGUGUGCUCGGCUUCUUUUUCAAGUUCAGCAAAGCUGGGACGUCACAAACUUGUUCAUUCUGGAAAGAAACGUUUUACUUGUACGGAAUGCGAGUCGUCAUUUGCAGAUCGUUCUCACCUCAUUGUUCAUUAUCGCAUCCACUCUGGGGAACGGCCAUUUAAAUGUGAUGAAUGUGAUGCAGCAUUUACCGAGUCUACGAAGUUGAAGAAUCACAAGAGGUCUCACUCAGGAGAAAAACCCUACGUGUGUGAGGUAUGUGGUUCGUCGUUCACUGUCUCAUCUAGUCUGAAAAGCCACAUGAAAGUUCACUCUGGAGUGAGGCCAUACAAAUGUGACUUGUGUGAGUUUACAGCUGCUAAUUCCUCCAAUUUGAGGUCACACAUGCGAGUCCAUUCUGGUGAGCGUAAGUUCACAUGUGAGAAAUGUGGUGCGUCUUUUUCAGAAUCUGCGAAGCUCUCACGCCAUAAGAUGGUUCAUUCUGGCGAAAAACCGUAUAAUUGUGACUCAUGCGGAGCUCGUUUUGCAGAUAAGUCCCACCUGACAGUUCAUUUACGAAUUCACUCGGGCGAGAGACCCUUCAAGUGUUCCGUCUGCUCUGCCUCCUUCACUGAAUCUAGUAAACUGAAGAACCAUUUACGGACGCACACAGGAGAAAAACCGUAUGUCUGCGAAAUCUGUGGCUCAUCUUUUGCCGUCUCGAAUGGUCUCAAGUCCCACAUGAGGAGACACACAGGGGAGAAGCCGUACAAGUGUAACGUUUGUGGCUACGCUACGUCUCAGUCCUCCAAUCUCAAGACGCACAUGAACGUACACAGUGGCCGUAAACCGUACUCGUGCCAGGAUUGUGGAGCUUCGUUUUCUGAGAAUGCAAAGCUUCAGAGACACAAAGUCAUUCACUUGGAUAUCCCUGACGAUGAAGAAAGUGCAAUAAGAGACAGAGAUGUUUUACAAUGUGAAAAAACUCUCAGCGACGAAUGUUUGACUAAGCCGAGUGAUGCUCUGAUACAAUGGCACUUUCCUCAUCAGGACACCUCUGAUUUGUGCGGUGCGUCAUCGGUGUUUGAGAAUGGAGAUCCGAAAGCUGUGCCUUCAGAGCCCAGUGUCAGCACUCAGUACAACAUAAGUACGGACAGUUUCUCCGAUCUGUCCCACAUCAUGGUACCUUCACAGACGAAUGACUGCAGUUUUAGUCUGAACAGUUUUCAGGCCUCAUCCAGUCUUCACAUUGAUAUGAGUGACCUGUAGCUUUGUCUUGAAAAUUGAUGACUAAUGUUGGCCCAGGUCUUUCAUUGUAUGGGCAUCUGUGGUGUAGAGGUUAGACACUUUACUUUUGCACUCGGAAAACUCUGAGUUUGAUUCCUAAGUGGAGAUAAUUUUUGUUAUCGAGUUUCUCUUUCUUUCUGCUGGGAUGUUGUAUCCCUCUCAUUCCAGGUUGGCCCUGGUCAGAAUACCACCUCUUAAAAAAUCUAAUUUGUGUUGAUGAGGGCAAAAAAAAAGCACCCAAAAUUUGAUAAAACUUUUUUUUAAAAUGAUUGUGUUCAUUCCCCCUUUUUUACAUGUAGUACUAGUGGUUAGGCUCUCGGACUCGCAACCGUAAGGUCGUGGGUUCAAAUCCCGUCAAGGGCCCGACG